AUGUUUUCUAGAACUAAUCCAUUUGACGAAUGUGUUGCUGCUGCAACUGACGAAAACUUAACGGGGGAGAACUGGGAACUUAUAUUAACCGUAACGGAUAAACUGUCUAGGGCCUCUACUGAAAGUGCAAGAGAUUGCAUUGCUGCGGUUGAAAAGCGUCUGAACAACAGAAAUCCUAAUGUUCAGCUGUAUGCAUUAGCCUUGACUGAAGCAUUGGUCAAAAACUGUGAUUUAAUUGUUCACAGGGAAAUCUCUUCUCGUUCGUUUACCAAUACACUUGUGAAGCUUGUUCACGAUAGGAAUGUUCAUUCAAAAGUUAGAGUACGCAUUUUAGAGUUGAUUCAAAUGUGUUCUUUUGAAUUCAGAGCUGACUCUACACUGGGUUUAAUGAAUGAAGUAUAUCACUCUUUGCGUGCGGAAGGUGUACCGUUUCCUUCCCCUCAGAAGCCUAAGAAAGAGUUCACUCAAUCUGAACUUGAUAAGCAAAAAGAAGAGGAGGAACUUCAGUUAGCUUUGGCUUUAUCUCUUUCUGAAUCAGAAAACAAUAAGCGGGCAGGCUUCAAGUCAUCCACUACUGUUGCUACUGCUACUGCUACUACUACCACGAGCACUACAAACAAGAAUGAUAACCAACCUCAAAUUUCACGAGUGAGAGCUUUAUAUGACUUUCAACCAACAGAGCAAGGUGAACUAGGAUUUGAAAAGGGCGAUAUCAUCAGAGUCAUCGAAAGUGUUUAUCGAGACUGGUGGAAAGGAGAGUUAAGAGGAAGAACAGGCAUAUUCCCUGUUAAUUACGUGGAAAAGAUUGUAGAUCCAUCACCUUCUGAUAUACAGAAAGAAGCUUCUAUUGAAAAUGAGGUCUUGAAUCAAACAAACAGCAUCGAUCGCUUAUUGGAAUUGCUAACAAACCCAGACCCUCGUGUCAGGGACUCAUUUUCUGAUAAUGAUGAGCUUCAAAAUCUGUACAACAAUGCGUUAUCCAUUAGACCUAAGCUUGUAAAAUUGAUUGAGAAGUAUAGCUUGAAAAAAGAUGAACUUGUUGCUUUGAACGAAAAGUUCAUACAAGCUCGAAGAAUGUAUGACACCAUGCUUUCAAAUUCAUUGGCAAGAUACUCAAAUGUUCAGAGCCCUUAUGGAUACCCACCCACCGGUCAGCCUUUUUCAUAUGAACCUCAGUACUAUAACUAUCAAUCAUUUGCUCCACCGUCUCAACCACAAUCCUUUAAUUACCAAAGCUCUGCGCCACAGCCACCUACACCUGUUCAGUCUAAUGCAACUCCUGUUCAGGCACCCUCUGGCUAUUAUAAUGAGCCUGUUCAUCAGCCUCCAACAACUAUUGCACCACCAUCUCAACAGUUACUGCAGCAACCACAGCAGCAGAGCAUAGGAGAUAAUCAAUAUCAAUCCGCUUAUGAUCAAAAUAAGCAACCUCCUUUGCAGCAGCAACACUCUGAAUUUUCUGCCUUGUAUCAAAAUAUACCUGAACAAACAAGCUCACAAGCGCCUCCACUUCAACAGCAGCAGCCAUUACAACCACAACAACAGCAACAGCCACAGCAACCACAACAACCUUUUGCUCCAUACCCUCCCUAUCAGUCACCAAUGAGCUUUCCCAACGCUAAUCCUGCUGCUCCCAUUUACCCAGGCCAGCAACAGCAAACAUAUACUAAUAAUUACUAG